AUGCGAGUCGGACCGGCGGCCUUAGGCACCCCUAUCCUCAACACCAAGGAUCCCAAUUACGCCAUGCCCUUGAGUACCGUGCGUUAUCUCGAAGACGCUGGGCACAUCAAGCAUGUCUACCCGCAGUUCUUCUCGACCACCGGCAACGCCACGGCGGUAAGCGCUGCCAGACGCAUGGGCGGUGAGAUUGCAUCGGAACUGACCGCAAACCACGUGGAUGGCGUUUUGCUGGUGGCCACGUGA